AUGCCUCACACAACUGGAAGGUACCAAGCAAGGAGGUUCAGGAAGGCUCAAUGCCUAAUUGUGGAGCGAUUAACCAACUCUGUCAUGAUUCAUGGUAGAAACAAUGAUAAAAAUCUCGUGGUUGUUUGCAUAUUCAAACACGCAAUGGAAAUGAUCCAUCUGUUAACCGAUGCUAAUCCCAUUCAAAUCAUCAUAGAUGUUGUCAUCAACAGAAGUAGGUUUUUGCAAUUGACAGAGGUCCUCUGCAACAUUCAAGUCUUUACAAAAGUGAUGCCUUCUCUUUUUGCUCCAAACUUUGAAGACCUCUUUACAAACACUUCAUAUGCAUAUCAAGUCAAAUCUCUAAAACUUGAGAUCCUCUCUUCCAUUGCUACAGAUGAAUCAAUCUCAAUUAUCCUUCAAGAAUUGCAACGCAGAAAAGAAAAUAGUACUUGUUUGGUGGCACUGGGAACAGAUGAUGGUGAAGUCUUCACCAUUAAUGCCACUUUUGUAGAGUUAAAAUGGAAAUCUUUUGUACACUAUCAUAGGAGGGAUCUUGUGGAAAGUGGUCACAAGUUGCUAAACCAUGCUUAUCACAAUCUACAAGAAUACAAAAGGUAUGAGGGUGGAACUAGAAUCUGUGAUUCCGACGGAAUUGGAAUAUGUGAUUCCAUUCCAAUGCCAAAUAAACAGAGUUUAAUUCUAUCUGAAGGUGGAACCAUAAUCAGUGAUUCUGAUGGAAUCGGAAUCGGUGAUUAUGAUGGAAUCAGAAUCUAUGAUUCCAUUCCACUGCCAAAUCAGCGAAAUUUAAUUAUAUUGAAGGUGGAACUAGAAUCAACGAUUACAAUAGAAUUGGAAUUAGUGAUUCCGACAGAACCAAAACCUUACAAAAUUCAAAUGAAAACCAAAAUUUCAAGAGAACCUUUUGACAUUAUGCACCCAAGCGUUGCGGUCACCUCUUAA